AUGUAUCAGCAAAUGCGGAGAAAUGAAUUCAAGAGCGUGACAAUGGAGCAAGAAACCCCGCCCUUCACACCAAGCCACGCCCACCUUCGUUCCAAGUAUAUAAAAGCUGCUGCAGAGUUCAGCACAAGUAUCACCAACAGCACUCAUCAAAAUGUUCAAGGUACGAAAAUAACUUACCUGGUCGUCCUCCUCGCCGUCGUCGCCGUGGCCGCCGCCAUGCCAGGCUUCCUCGGAGGCGCUGGAUACGGAGGAAGUGGAUACGGAGGUGGAUUGGGUGGAUACGGAGGAAGUGGGUACGGAGGGGGAAGCUUCGGUGGAUUCAGCGGUGGAUACGGAGGCGGAUUCGGUGGACAUGGGGCAGGUUUCGGUGGAUUCAGCGGUGGAUUCGGGGGACACAGGGGAGUGUCAAAGAACAAGCAUACAUUAGCGAAGCUCUUGUCAGACAUCUGGUCGUCCUCCUCGCCGCCGUCGCCGUGGCCGCCGCCAUGCCAGGCUUCCUCGGAGGCGCUGGAUACGGAGGUGGAUUGGGUGGAUACGGAGGUGGAUUGGGUGGAUACGGAGGAAGUGGAUACGGAGGUGGAUUGGGUGGAUACGGAGGUGGAUUGGGUGGAUACGGAGGAAGUGGAUACGGAGGGGGAAGCUUCGGUGGAUUCAGCGGUGGAUACGGAGGCGGAUUCGGUGGACACGGGGCAGGUUUCGGUGGAUUCAGCGGUGGAUUCGGGGGACACAGGGGAGGUUACGGACGUUAAGAACUCAACUGAACGAAACUUCUGA